GGCCUAAUCUAUGUUAGCCACGCACAUCUGUCUUUAUGGGAGAGGUAAAUUUGAAAUCCGAAUAUUGUUAAUCAGUCAACACUAAUUUGAAUUUAUGUUUCACACAGAGCUUAUUUUCUCAUUUGUUUUGGUAUUGUUAUAAGUGUGGCUGUAAAUUUUGCAACAAAUGUUUAUAUAAAGUGGGAUAGAAUGCCCGUCAUAAUCGCUCAAGAGGCUACUUUUACCUCGGUGUACAACACUCCUUUCCCAGCCAUCACAGUCUGUAAUAUGAACCAGGUAUUGCGCAGCAAAACCGAACACUUUCCAACCCAUUCACUCGAAUAUGCCAUGACUCAAAAAAUGUGCUAUCAAAAAGUUAACUUUAGUCAAUUCGAUGACCUGAAGCCAGCCUCAAAGGAUGACACCAUCUCUAAUUUCAUUGCGCGCAAUGGGCAGACUUGUGACAAUAUGGUUGUUUAUUGUCGCUAUGGCAGAAACCGGGUUCGUUGUAGUGACUACUUCAGAGAAGUGCUUUCGAAUGAGGGCAUUUGUUGCGCCUUCAAUAUUUUACAUCCAGCGUAUUUGUACAAAGGAAAAUACCAAUUUGUACGUGAUUUCACAUCAUCCAUUGGCACCAUACCUGUUGACUGGAAUUUGGAAAAUGGUUAUGCUGAUAAUUUGCCGUUGUACUACUAUCCUCGUAAAACCAUAGGCGCUGGUGUUUCCUUGGGCUUCACUUUAGUGCUUAAUGCUAAUAUAAGUGAAUAUAUUUGCUCAUCAACUUUUAGUACUGGCCUGAAGAUAGUCACGCACAAUCCCAUUGAUGCGCCUCAUGUUAAAGAAACCGGCUUGGCUAUCCAACUGGGCCACCAAUAUCGUCUUCGCUUUAACGUUGACAGUUCAAAGGCUUUACCUUCGACACGCAGUAUUUCGGCUAAACGCCGACAGUGCCUGUUUAACAACGAACUAAAAUUGCAUUAUUUUCGCUAUUACACUCGACGGAAUUGUGAGAGGGAAUGUGAUGCCAAGUACUUUCUACGCCGCUGUCAAUGCAUUCCAUAUAACAUGCCGCUCAUCUAUCCGAAUGCGAGUGUGUGUCAUGUGAAGGACUUCAACUGUGAAAUUAUGGCCGAAGCAGAAACCAACAAUACUGAACAUUUGGCUUGUAAACGUGAAUGCCUACCGGGCUGCUUCGAUUUGACAUAUUUCCCAACAGUUUAUCGAGCACCGCUGGUGAAUAAUAGCGAUGUGUAUAAAAAUGGGUUCUUUACGAAUUUCACACUGCAACAGAUACAUGACAAUCUCGCCUUGGUACAAGUAUAUUUCAAAGAUGAUUUCUUUAAGGCUAUUGUUAGAUCGCCAUAUACCAGCUUUACGGACUAUCUCUCACAAACUGGUGGCAUUAUGAGCCUGAUGGUGGGCUUCGGAGUAAUGUCGGUUGCUGAGUUUUGCUAUUUUUUUCUGAUUCGACCGAUAUUCGAUUUGGUAUUGAAACGUCUGCCUGGUACUAGACGAGUACGACGAGUUGUGAGUGGAACUGCACUGUUGUUGGGUAGACAGCAAGGUUUUCGUGCCCGGAUACCGUUGGCUUCAGGUCGUAAACCCCUAAGAUAUUUCAAUAAAUCUAGCAGUCCAAAUUUGUAUAAUGGUUUAAUAAAUAAAUUAUACAUUGAAAAUAAUCAGGAUUUAAAUACCGAGUUAAAGGAAAAAGGUUUAUUUCCAUAUACGGAGUAAGCUGAAAAGAAAAAAUAAUUCCAAAAAUAUGUGGAAUUGCUUAACAUAUAAAUACCGAGGUCAAAUGAAUGUUAGGAUACUGGAUUGGCCACAGGAAGUAAUGCAACGAUAACAGUUGAUCGCCCAAUUCUGUUAAUGUUUUUUGUCUUCAUUGAAGCUACGGACACCUUAAGAGAUAUUGGAGGCUUUGCAACAGGAUUCUGCACCAAUACACCCCAACUGGCAAUAGCUGACAUACAAUAUUCCAUCUUUGAAUGCAAACACCUUGACCGUUCGACUUCUCAGUAAGGCGUGAUGGUG